CUUAAUCAAAUGGCUUAAUUUCAUAAAGGUUUUACAUGGACAUAAUGUAAGAGUACUUUGAAAACAAAAAAUACCUUCAUCAAUUUAAGACAAACGGUGACUCCUAAUCAAGGACCAGUUUUAUUGAAGAUUGAUACCGAGAGAGAAUUGAAAUAUACAAAUGAUCUAGGAUGGAAUUGGCAUAAGAGUUGGAAUAUUCCAAACAUUUCUGUAAAAAUUUCCUUAUAGAAUGAAGAAUGCACAUAAUGGAUCAAUUGCUAGGUAUCUUAUUUAAUUCUAAUUUUAGGUUUAAUUACUGGCAGUGAAGUUGUUAUAGAAUGAUCUCUUUGAAGAAGUAGGAUUAGAAGGAACAACAUAAUACGACAUUAUAGAUGGUAAAGCCUUCUUUUCGGUAUUUAUUAUUAUCAAUCGUAGGGCGUAAAAUUUAAUAGCACAACUUAUAAUCACUAAGGACAUAGAUUUCAGUUAUUAAUAUUACUGAAGGAGAGAGAGAACAUCAUUCUAGGGUUAUAAUCACCACCAGUUUUUGUCGACAGUAGAAAGAGUGCUCGUGAUGAACACAGACAAAUCUAAUAUAUCCAACCUUUCGAACCUAAUUAUCUAGAACGCAACUUCUGUAAAAAAGAAAAACAUUUUAACGAUGUAGUUGACGCUCCAAUUGAAAAUAAUGAAAAUGGAUUACACAAUUAUUUAACAGCCCCAAAUAUUAGAAAUAAAGUAUAAACUCCAAUCUAUUUUAGAUAAAACAUCCCUUAUUUAUGGCACUCAAGUUCUCCAGAUGUUUAAAUAUCUACUAUUAAAAUAAUUUAGAAACUGAUAAUUAUCUAAUUGAGUUUUAAAAACAAUUAAUGUCAAAAUAUCAAUAAUCUCAAUACAUCAUCGUCUUUUAAUCAAAUAACAAUAGAAUUAGAAAGAAGGUAAUCUUUAUUAUUUAAUUUCAGAUUGAGGAAUCCUUAACUCAACUUUUUGGCCAAAGUAUGAUAUCCGUUGUUGAAAGAAAAUAUCUUGAUGAAACCUAAUUUAAAAAACUCGAAUUUUCAUCAGAUGAUUAUUCAUCAAUCUAUCCUUAAUUAUAAGAAUUAAUGAAUCAAUAUUCAUAAGAUUAAUUCAACCAAUCUGUUAAAUAAUAAUAAGAAUAAGAAUAAUAAUAGGAAUAAUAAUAAGAUAUGAAUAUAGAAGAAGAAUAAUAAUAAUAAUAACAAUAACAAUCUAUUCAAACUGAACAACCUAUUCAACAACAACUACCUAAAAUAUUAACCCAUUCAGAAAGAAAAUCUGCAUUUACAAAAUAUCUUGAUAAAUUACCAACUAAAAACUUCGAGGAAGAAAAAUAAGAAUAAUCAAAGAGAAUGGAAAAACUCAAUAACAUUCGAGAAAUGGAACACUAUGAUAAAGUUUAAAAAUUAGUCAAGGUCGAAGAAGAACUCAUUUAAAAUAGAACUUAAUAUUAAUAAUAAUUCUAAUAAUAAUAGUAAUAAUUAUAAUAAUAAUCAUAUGCACCAAUCAAUUCAUUUUCAAUCCUACUAUAAUAAAAAUUGUAAGAAUAGAUCUUGUAGUAUUAUUUUAUCUAAUAGUAGCUAAUGCUACUUUAAAAGCCCCCUUCUGUGUGA